AUGGUUAUAUUUUCCCUGGUUCUGUUCGCUUUCUUUCGUAUUUUUUCUAGCAUUCAUUUUAUUUUCUUCUCUUUCCAAACCUUUUCAUUCUUUCUUUCAUUUUAUUUUUCUUCUCAUUCCAAACUCUUUCACUAUUUCCGUCAUUUUAUUUUUCUUCCCUUUCCAAACUCUUUCAAUCUCUCCUUUAUUUUAUUUUCUUCUAUAUCCAAACUCUUUUAUUCAUUCGUUCAUUUUAUUUUCCUUCUCUUUCCAAACUUUCACCACCUCCUUCAUUUUAUUUUUCUUCUCUUUCCAAACUCUUUCACCACCUCCUUCAUUUUAUUUUUCUUCUCUUUCCAAACUGUUUUAUUCAUUCGUUCAUUUUAUUUUUCUUCUCUUUCCAAACUCUUUCCCUCCCCCUUCAUUUUGUCUUUUUCUCUUUCCAAACUCUUUCAGGCUCUUCUUCAUUUUAUUUUUCUUCUCUUUCCAAAUUCUUUCACCGCAAUCACGUACGGUGUAUCACGACCGGUGGCUGGGACGAACUCUCUGCAGUCUCGUCUCUGUCUUCUAUUACGUCUCGUCUGGCGAAUUCACUUCGCGCAUUCGUAUUUAUGGACAUAA